AUGUCAAAUAGCGGCGCAUCUCGUUUUGCAGUGGGCGAUAUGGGCAUCCUGCAAACCGACACACACUUAGAUACACCUGCCAGCAUGCAAUUGUUGGAUGGGCAUAUUACACCCCACGGCGCGGUUCACAUUCCCAGUUUUUGGGAAGCCGGAACACCCACUAUGACAUUCUCCGAAGACAUGAAUAGCUGCAGCUGCCUUCCUCAUGUAUACUAUUUUACUAGGGUACUUCAUGCUCUGACAAACGAGGCGGUGCCGAGUUUCAAGAUCGUCCGUAGUGCUGUUCGAACGGUUCAUGAUGCUCUUAAGUGCAUCGCCUGCUCUCGCUCAAUGAUAGUCUCUCAAGAUCCUACAGAGAAACUGCGGGCUCUUUGCACCCUCCUGUCGUUGAUCCCUGGUUUCUAUCAUCAACUGUUGCAAAUGGUAGACUGUGAAGCAUCUCUUGCAGUGGUUGAAAACCGCCGACUCGCGUUCAGACUCGAGGAAAGCGGUGGUUUAUGGGGCGAUCUUGCAAGAGACGGAGCAUGUCCGGACGUCAAGAGGCUCAAGGACCACCCCCUUGAUCCAGAGCUUUGGCGACAAACGAUGCGCGCGCUCUUAAGGACCGACGUGUACGGCCUUAAUAUGCACAUUUAUUCUGGGGAAUCUGGAAGGCUGGCAAGGCAGGGCCGGCACUCAGGUCUCAACGACAUGGUUGAGAUGCUAGAUGAACUUGCGACAAGGGGACCAUUCAGUCAUAUGAAUGGGUGGCUUCAUCCUGAAUCGACUGGGAUUCCCACUUGUAUGAACUGGAUAGAAACCGCGAAGCAAAGUGUUAGCGGCCUCAUAAUAGGUUAA